AUGACGCGGUUUUCUGAGGUCAUAGGUUUGACAUACAAGUUACCGAGGUCGACAUUCUUCCCCGUCACUUGUCAACCAGUAGACAACCUGAUAGAGUUGAGGAAGUAUUCAAACUUCACCAGGAAGCCAUUGCGGGAGAUGUGCAUGCUAAGUACUACUAACCCUACCUCACCACUACCAAAUACGGGCUGGCGUUUACAGUGGUGA